AUGAAUUCCAUCAUGAGUCGUGGCCGUUGCGUAGCGUGUCACAUCGAAGAACCCGGCAUGAUAGCGAUCUACCAACAUCCUCGGGGCGUCGAUCGUCUGUGGACAUACGUGACCGGAAUUAUCGUAAAAGCCAAAGAUCAACUCUGCAUACCAUGUUACGAUGAGCUGCGGAUAGCACACAGAUUCAAGGAAAAGUGUAUUCACAACAACAUCAACCGUUUGGGUUUGGGCCUUCCGCGAAGAUCGGCAACACACAACAGUCAACAGGAUACACCGACCAGUGACGAAUCUAUUACCGCUCCUCGAAUGACUCCGGAACCCCUCAUGACGGCACGGCUGGGAGAGAGUAGCCAUGUCCCGGUGGAAGAACGCCGAUCGAUACAACCCCGCACGGAACAUCCACCCAGUAGGCAUGAGUUUGUGAUCAAAUCCGAAUCCCCACCGGAUCCGGAAGACAUUCAAAAUCAACCGACGCUAGCGCCCGAUGUUCCGCAGCUUGAUUGUGUUUCAUUGCUAAACGAUAGUAUUGGCACAACGAACCAAAGCGGUCACGACGCGACAGUGCCGUCGAUUGAUGUGGUGAAAAUGGAACUGGAACUAUCGUUGGACGAUAUUGGGCUGAGGGAAUCCCUUUCCGGGGACAGUGAAGACUCGGACGAAGAGCACGACAGUAAAACAGAAGAAAAGGCGGAUACGCCCACCGGCUCCGGGUCGGUAGUACCACAGUGUGCCCAAUGUGAACAGACGUUCCAUACGCGGACGGCGUUGAAACAGCACCAGCAGCUGGAACACAAGAAAAUACGCCGAGACAACACGAACGCGGUCAAGUAUCGCCGGGUACUUUCGGGCAAGAUUAAUGCACUGAUGUGCCGGUACUGUUAUCGCGAGUUUAGCGAACCGGACGCAAAAGCAGCCCACGAGAAUACGCACCUGAGCGAUCCGAAGCCAUUCCAGUGUUCGUAUGCCGAUUGUAACCGCUUUUUCCAGCACCGGUCCGCACUGAAUCGACACUUUUACACGCACGUUACGCCGAAACGGUUCAAGUGCAGUGUCUGCCCGAAACGGUUCCAUCAGCAAAGUUCGAUGGUGGUACACGAACGGUUGCACCGGGGCGAUAAGCCCCACAUCUGUCCCCAGUGUGGCAAGGGCUUUACGCACGUGUCGAACGUGAAGCGACACAUUCGGUUUCACAAUGGCGAAAAGCCGUACCAGUGCGGCAAGUGUCCGGCACGGUUCACCACCAGCACCGAUCUGCGCCGGCACAUGAACAGCCGCCGGUGCAUGAUGAUGUGGUCGCUGAAGGCGUCCAAGUAG